AUGGCGAGCGCAAAGCAGCAGGAGAACAUGCUCCUUACCGAGCACUUUACUUGGCCUCCUAUUUCCCUAAUUGACGACAUCAUCAACGCCGUAAACGAAGUCCUCUACCGCUGUACCGACUCGUUCGAAACCGGUCUCUCCUCCGCUGACCCCUCCUUACUCGGUUUCGCAGACCUAUACGCCUCCCAAGGACGUACACCCGAAAGAGACGGAGAUGGCAACGAUCUGUUUCCCGAGGCUAGACUAGAGAUUGAAGAAGGCGUAUUGAAGCUCGAAACGCUCAUGGAGAAUGCCGUGGACAAGAAUUUCGAUAAACUGGAGAUUUGGACGCUGAGAAAUGUUUUUGCGUUGGGAAGGGGGAAGGGCGGGGACGAAGGCUUGGGAGAGUGGGUUAGGUUAGGGCACUAUGAGAAUCUCGAACCCCCGCCCAAAGAUUCGAAACUCACUCCCGAAGCCCUCUACACUCUCCGCCGUAAACUAAUCGAAACCCAAAAGUUGAACGCUGCGCUUGUCGCAGAGAAGACACGCAACGAGGCGCAAAUAGCACGGCUAAAAGCCUUACUCCAACCACCCCCCGCGCCGAAGCGUGAACAAGGAACAUCUAAAUCGCCGUCAAAAGCGUCGUCGGAGAGAAACGGACAAAACGAGCAAAGCGUACCAUUCGCAUUCCUAACACACACGGCAGCCGCUCAGUCGCUAGGAAUGCAAGUCCUACCACAACAAUCAAACACAAACACUGCCUCCAACGGAGAAAACAAGAACAAUGACAAGAAACCCGCUCCGUUAACCACCCACACCACCUUCACAACCUCCCAACUCCCUCAUCUCCGCCAACUCCUCGCAUCGUUAAAACCCCAUCUACCCAAUACCGCUUUACCCAGCAACACCACUCCAUCGUCUCAUACUACCAAUUCUCAACCACAAACCAAGGAUAAAGAGGAAUUGAGCCGCGAACGUAGAGUCUAUGUUGAGAGUCAAAGUAAGAGGAUAUUGGAGAGACGGGGUGUGGAUACAAGGGAUGGCGUUGAAGGGGUCUGGGAGGGUGGCAGUAGAGUUGGAGCGGACGAGGUUAGGGGUUUGGAAGGGUUGGUUGACGCAUUUGGGAGGAUAGACAAGGCCAAGAAGGCGAACGAGCAAGAGAAUGGGGAUGAUGGUGAUGUCAUGGAUACAAGCUGA